UUUCGUUCAAGAUUAAUUUAUUUCUUAUGAGAUGUGGCACAUUACAAGGUAGAAUAUUAAUAGCUAAACAUAAAACACACAUACAAAACCAAAUGAGACUAAAGAAAUAUUUAGGUUUAGCAACAUUGGUAAUGUUAUGACUUGUGAGUUAUGACUUAUAUAUGACCAACAAUGAAUCCAGUAGUGUUUUCUGUUUUUUUAAACCAAUUAAUAGUUUCGAUAGGCAUACGAAACUUGACUCGUUAAACGUUCUAACUCCCUCAGAAAUAUAAUACUGUUUAGAAUUUGUAGUAGAAGAAAUAGACAACUGUUUAUAGUUCAAAGUCAAACCUAACAUAUAUCAUUUGCCAGAAUGAGUACGAAUUGUAAUUAUUACGAUCAGGAUUACGCUCUUUUACAAGUUGUUUCUACCAAACCAAAUACUUUUCAUUUGUAUGACUAAAGCAUAGUAAUUUAAUAAACUUUAUAUUUCAUAACGAAUUAACGCGUGACUACUGCAUUUAAUAAUAAAUAAACAUGUUCAAGCUUUUUUGUAAUAUUAAUGCUUAAAAAAUAUAUAUAUAUAUAUAUAAAUGCUUGAUAUUGAUAUAAAAAUAUGAUAAGCCUAUUUAUCAAUGCAUAUAUAUAUAUAUAUCAUAUAGUUCUAUAUAAUUACUAAUUAGUCAAAAUAUAAAAAAACGUAUAAGAAAUAUGAGCAAGGGAGUAUUUUUGCAGAAGUUGUUGAUAAAGAAAUUUGCUGUUCGAGCUUCACUACCCACUUCAACAUAUGUCACUCUUUUUUUUGUUUUUGCAACAACAUAAAUUUAUUUUAUCUUGCAAGCAACGCAAUUAAAUAUCAGAGGACAAACACAUGUUGAAAUGGAUCUCCAUUUCGUUUGUAAAAAAAGUUGAUGUGGGACGUGUUAAAGUUUUUUUUUUCAGGCUCAUGGGUCUACAGUCUUCUUACACUGUUCAAUUAGGAUUUCAGUUCUGUUUUUCAUUUUUUUAUAUUUCAAUUUAUAAGAACUACCUAACAUAUUAAAACCAUAUUUACUUUAGUUUAGUUCAGUUUAUAUACUUUCGAUUUAUUCAGUUUUAUACCAAAAAACCAUAACUUUAAUUAUCUUUUAUAAAUUUUUGUGAAUUUUAGUUUAUAUCAGUAGACAUCAGAUAUAUUAAAACAUGAAAAUAUUUUCAGUACUAUAGCUUUUAAAUAUAAUGUUUUCCCAAAUUUUCUUAACUAUUUAAACAAUAACUAGUAAAAGAAAAAAUAAUAUGUAUGAUUUUUAUAAAAUAAAAGUGAGAAAAAUUAUUAAAAUCAUAAUAUUAUUAAAUAACUUAAAUUCAGCACAUAUUUUUUUAUCAACAAGACAUUAUAUUUUACUCAAUUUCAUGGUAAAUUAAAACAAAAUAAAAUUAUUACAAUAAACAUUUAAAUACAAGUAAUAAAAAGUAUAUAUAUGAUCAAAUGUAUUAUAUAAUUUACAUAUAACUGUACAAUUAUAUUUUAUUGAAUCGAUUUUUUUUUUGCUUUGAUUUGAUCAGUUUAUAUACCAGACCAUAUCUAUAUGUUGGGUUUUACCAAAUUGAAAACCCCUAAAUCCUUUUAGAGUUCUUUCGAAACUUAAGAACACUUACUUUUCUUUUUUGAAUCAAUUUGUAUAAAAACAUUUCUUCAUUGGUUAAUACAUUUAUCAAUUUGUAUAAAAACCCUGAAUUAGAUUUCUGUUGAAAACUCUUUUAUCGUAAUUUGACAAUUGAAAUAAUUAUGGGUCGUGUUUUAGAUCUAGCACAGAAUUUGGUGAACGAGUUAUUCAUCUUGAGAGAAUAGGUUUUGAGGGUUUCGAUGAGCGAGAAUCGUUAAACCUUAAGGUUGAUGAUUGAGCAUACGAAACCACACAUUUGAAAAUUGUGAUGACUGCAAUGUAUGAAUCAUGGUUCUAAAUAACCGACAUGGAAUUGAGUUUAAUAUACUAGGAAUUGAGUGUGUGCUAAUACAUGAUAAUAUCCUUUACCACUACAAUAUAAAAAUGAUACUUGUUAUUUUUUUUAUACUUGUUAUUUGAAAUCAAUUUUGUGUGUUUACAAAGUUUCCUCUUACCUUCGACCGUUUCCAUGUUUAAUUUGGUCCUAAUAUUUCUAUUGCCUGAGUCAGCUAGUUGUGGACAAGUUCAUAAUCUAAUGUAGAAAAAACUUAUGAUUGAAUUCUGAAAAUAUCCCCUAUAGUUUACUUGUUUCAGAAUCUUUUGUUAUAAAAGAAAAAGUUACGAAACAUCAAUUAAUUUAUUACAUAACUCAUAAUCUUUAUAUUCCAUUAAAGUUCUUAUUGUUUAUAAAUGUCAAACAGACUAAUCCUCAUCUAAAUAGCCUAAUAUGGCCCUAAUCCAUAGCAGACUUGAUUAUUUGAUCCGCCCAUGCAGCUUUUAUAUAUAUAUAUAUAUAUAUAUAUAUAUAUAAUAUAUACAUAUAUGUCUAGAUCUAUUUUACUAUUGGUCCUUUUUGAUAUCUCUGGUUUUUUUUUUUUGAUAAAUUCUAUCGACUGAGUCGGUUUCGAGAAAAACAUACUUAGUUCUACAGAGUGGACUAGCUAUUACACUGUUCAAAUUUGAAAUAUAUUCUGACUAAUGUUAAGGAGUGAACCACUAUGUAAGCCAAUUGGGUCAAAGUUCAAAUCUAAACUAGCCAGAUGAUGAUAAUUUAGUUCUUAAAAAGAAUUGAAUCAAUAAUUGAUGUGGAUACACACUAAACCUCAUCUAGUUUUAUGUACUAGGAAUUGAGUAUCUGCUGAUACAUGAUAAUAUCUUUUAAAACUUACAAUAAAAAAGAUAGGCUUGUUAUUUGAUAUCAAUAUUUGUGUGUUUACAAAUUUUCCCCAGUUUACCUUUGACCGUUUCCAUGAUUGGUCCUGAAUCCUGAUAUUUCUCUUGUCUAAGUCACCUAGUUGUGGACGAGGUCAUAAUAAAAUGUAGGAAAAACUUAUGACUGACUUUGUUACAAAGAAAAAACUUAUGACUAAAUUCUGAAAAUAUCCUCUAUAGUUACUUGUAAUCCCCAUUUCGACCGGUCUCGUCCUUUCUUUCUGCAAGGCAAUAACAGCUGUCAACGCAUUUUAAUUAAUGUCUUAAACACUAAGUUAAUGUCUUAAAUACUAAGUUCCAAAAAUUAAAGAUAAUAACAUAUACGAUUUAAGGAAACAAAAUCUCUCCCACCAUUUGUUGACCAUUCAAGAAGAUAUCGUAGAAAACCUCAAUCGCAAAAACCCUUAAGUACACACAACACUACAUUAAUACACCUAUCGAAUUAAAUUCGCCAUUAUAUUUUCUCUGACAAGUUUCGUUGGUUCGUAAGAAAACAAAGUUUGGUUUGCGUUUAUGGUUGAUGAAAAAUUAGAGAAGAAAUAACAUUUACAAAAUCUCGUCACUGAUUCUGAUUUCAUCCAAUAAGAGUAUUGAUUCUUGUUGAAUCUGAGAAACCUUUUGACUCAGAUUCCGGAGUCCAAACAAUGUUGGGUGAGACAUCUAGCAAGAAUCCAAGAAUCAGCCACGUGUCCAUUUCCACCGGAGAUAUCUGCAGCGAAUUCGGAAGCAGCUCCGAUUUCGCAAACUACACCGUCCAUGUCCCUCCGACGCCGGAUAACAAUCCGGCUCCGCUUCACAUCGCUCUCCAAGACAUCGACACCGGUUCAUCUUACAAAGACGACGACUUGGAUCAAACCGAACUGAGAAUCAGUGAAGAAGAAGAUGCCUUGCUCUACAAGGUAUCUCAGCCCUUAACCCGUGUUGUCAAAAUCUCUCCGAUCAUCAUCGCUCUGUAUCGGAUUUUAAUAUUUGUCCGGAUCGUAGCACUAUGUCUGUUUCUCUCUUGGAGAGUGACACACAAAAAUGAGAAAGCAGUCUGGCUAUGGUUGCUCUCUGUAAUCUGCGAAUUCUGGUUUGCUUUCUCUUGGUUAAUCGACCAAAUCCCUAGGCUGUAUCCGGUUAACCACGCAACCGAUACGGAAGCCUUGAAGGCGAGAUUCGAAUCACCAAACCCGAACAACCCGACCGGGAAAUCGGAUCUUCCUGGAAUCGAUGUGUUUGUUUCUACUGCUGAUGCAGAGAAGGAGCCUCCGUUGGUUACAGCCAACACAAUCCUUUCGAUAUUGUCCGUCGAUUAUUCUGUUGAGAAGCUUUCUUGCUAUCUCUCCGACGAUGGAGGGUCGCUUCUAACGUUUGAAGCAAUGGCUGAAGCUGCUAGCUUUGCGAAAAUAUGGGUACCUUUUUGCAGGAAACAUAAGGUGGAGCCGCGGAAUCCGGAAAGUUACUUCGGUUUGAAGAAAGAUCCUUACAAGGGUAAGGUGAGGCAUGAUUUUGUUAGAGAGCGAAGGUAUGUGAAAAGGGGUUACGAGGAGUUUAAGGUUCGGGUUAACGCGUUGUCUCAUUCGAUUAGAAGCAGAUCUGAUGCGUUUAAUAGCAAAGAAGAGAUUAAAGCCUUGGAGAAAUGGAAGAACUGGAAAGUGAAAGUUGAGGAAGACCAAGUCAAGGAACCAAGGCCUGCUAUAGUAGCUCCUAAAGCUACUUGGAUGAGUGACGGCACGCAUUGGCCUGGUACUUGGACUGUUCCUUGUCAGAACCAUUCAAGAGGUGACCAUGCUAGUAUUAUACAGGUGUUGCUUGAUCCUCCUCAAGAUGAACCGGAUAAUGAGAGAGGUGGUGGGGGGAGCGCGCUGGAUUUCGAAGGAGUAGACACUCGUUUACCGAUGUUUGUGUACGUGAGCCGCGAGAAACGGCCUAGUUAUGAUCAUAACAAGAAGGCAGGAGCUAUGAACGCUUUGGUCCGAGCCUCAGCUAUAAUGUCUAAUGGACCGUUCAUAUUGAACUUAGACUGUGACCACUACGUCUACAACUCUAUAGCCUUUAGGGAUGGGAUCUGUUUCAUGAUGGACCAAGAUGGCGACCGCGUCUGCUAUGUUCAGUUUCCGCAGAGGUUCGAAGGCAUCGAUCCCUCUGACCGCUAUGCUAACAAAAACACUGUUUUCUUCGACAUUAACCUGCGGGCUCUCGAUGGGAUUCAAGGUCCGAUGUAUGUCGGGACAGGGUGUUUGUUCCGAAGAACCGCGCUUUACGGUUUCGACCCGCCUGAUCUUCCUGUGGAGACAGAACCGUCUGGAGGCUGUUGCUGCUGUUUCCCACAGGAAAAGAAACGCAGUCCUGUAACCGUAGCUUCUCAACCAGCGUACUACGUCGACGUUGAGGAGGAAGAUCAGUUUGAUGUCAAUCUGAUUAGGAAGCAUUUCGGUAGCUCGAGUAUGCUAGUGAGUUCCGUAAAGGUCGCGGAGUUCCAAGGUAAGCCAUUAGCCAUGGGACAUUCGAGCAUACGUGGACGCCCUCCUGGCUCCUUGACAUGCGGCCGCGAGCCACUGGACGCUGCGGCCGUGAGCGAGGCGGUUAACGUGAUCUCAUGCUGGUACGAGGACAAGACUGAAUGGGGAAUCAGCGUCGGGUGGGUCUACGGAUCGGUUACGGAAGACGUGGUGACAGGUUUUAGAAUGCAUGAGAAAGGAUGGAGAUCCUUCUACUGCGUAACUGAACCAGACGCGUUUCGUGGAUCCGCGCCUAUAAACUUGACCGAUCGGCUCCACCAGGUUCUCCGUUGGGCUACAGGAUCAGUUGAGAUAUUCUUCUCCAGAAACAACGCUAUUGUAGCUGGUAGGAAACUCAAGUUCCUCCAGAGAAUCUCCUACGUCAACGUCGGAAUCUACCCGUUCACCAGCAUUUUCAUCUUAACCUACUGCUUCCUCCCUCCGUUUUCUCUCUUCUCCGGCCAGUUCGUGGUUGAUAGCCUUGAUCCAGCGUUCCUUAUUUACCUUCUGACCAUCUCUUUGUCUCUAUGUGGGUUAGCUGUUCUUGAAGUCAAGUGGUCAGGGAUCUCUUUAGAAGAAUGGUGGAGAAACGAGCAGUUCUGGUUAAUCGGUGGCACCAGCGCUCAUUUAGUCGCUGUUCUUCAAGGUUUCCUCAAAGUCAUUGCCGGAAUCGAAAUCUCCUUCACGUUGACUUCGAAAUCUUCAGGAGAUGACGAAGACGACGAGUUCGCUGAUCUCUAUCUGUUUAAAUGGACGUCUUUGAUGAUCCUCCCGUUAACGAUCAUAAUCUUGAACAUCGUGGCGAUUCUUUUCGCGUUUUGUCGGACCGUUUUCAGUGAUAUUCCACAGUGGAGCAAUCUCGUUGGUGGGACUUUCUUCGCCGUUUGGGUUUUGGUUCAUAUGUAUCCGUUUGCCAAAGGAUUGAUGGGAAGAAGAGGAAGAACUCCGACAAUUGUUUAUGUUUGGUCGGGACUUAUCGCUAUUUGCAUCUCUCUUCUCUACGUUACCAUUAAGAACUCGGAGCUUAAUGGAGGAUCAUUUCAGUUGACUUAAAAUAUUAUUUUUCUUAUGCAUGUGUUUUUAAUUAUUUUCUUGACUCUCUAUGACGUUGAUCUCGUUAAUCUUUUUCGUUUUAUUUCACUCCCUUGCUUACUAUUGAUAUUUUACUACUGCCUUUUUAUGCAUCUGAUCACUAGAGCUUUCAAAUGGUCCCUCCAUAUCAAUUGGACCAUUUCAGUUUUGGGUAAUAAUGGGUGGUUUAUAUUGCACCGGUCGGAUUUUUCAUUUCCAAGGAAAACUACUUUGACCUCUUAUGAGAAAAAUUCUCAAUUUCCCUUUUUUUUAAACACUGAUUGUAUUCGUAAUCUGAAAUUCAGAAAGAACAACUUACAUCCCUAACAACACACACCUCAUAGACAGAAGAUUGAGAGGAAAAAGAAAACAAAAAAAUAAAAGACACCAGUAGGUGUCAAAACAAAGCAUGAACAAAUGAAACAUGCUAGAGGCUCGACCGCCAGCGGGGAAGCUGCGAUAGCCUGUCAUGGAGAUUCUAUUGGCAGCCUUUGCUCGGAUAGUAGAUUACUAGCCAGCGGGGACCCUAGUCGCCAGAUAAUUGGUAGCGAUGGACCAGUGUAACGCUGAUAGCAAUGCUAGUAGCAACACCAUUCUUAACAAGAGAUACAUGCUUUAAACUCCAAUCAUCAAAAGGGCUUAGCUCCUUAUUGCUUUCACUCUAUAUUGGAAGUGAGAGUAAUGCAAAGGCUACAAGAUAGCAUCUUCAUCAUGAAAGAAGAAGAUCUCAUGUCGCAUGUUUGCCAAGAUUAGGGGACAAACUGUUAAAGCAUAAGAACAGACUUUUAAAACAAUUUGACUCUUCUUUUAUCCACAUUAGCGGCUUGAAAAGAAACCAGUUUUUGGAGAUCCGUCUCUGUUCUGAAACAUUAUGGUAGAAGCAAAUCGACACAGACCGUUGCUCCAUAAGGAUCCGGAAAUAAUGACAAAAACCAUGGCUCCACCAGGAGCCUGCAGUUCUAAAAAAUAACAUCAUACAAAACGAGAAGUGGACCUUAACCCUUUACCCUCACAAGGGCCUAAGCUAGGGUCACCAACCUCCACAUGCCACCACUGAGAACACACCAAGAGCAAGCUGAAAUCCACCCUCAGAAAGACUGUACUACUUUCACAGCAACUGAAAGUUGAAGAUAAGUCGAACCUAGACAAUGGCCGAGACAGGAAACCACCAUCCAGUCCAGCGAAAUCCAAGUGCGCCAUCAUCUGAAAGAGAUUAAGCCAGCAAAACAACCUCCUUGUAAUCCACACACACCCUCGUUGAAAUCAUCACCAAAACCAAGAUCUCUACAGUUGGAGAAGACUCAAGCACCACCACAGCUAGCCUUACGGAGAAAGAAGAAGUGAAUCCGGCGACCGCACAGGCGGCGGCCGCCAGAGAGACGAGAUCCGAUCUGGAAACCCUAGAGCCUCUUUUGGUAUUUUCUGAAUUAACACUCAAUUUCCCUUUUGGAACUUAAACUCUUACGUAAAGUUCUUGUUUCGAUAAUUAAAAAGUAAGAGAAGGUUUUUUACUAAUGAAUCGAUAUUCAAAAUCAUUCCACUCUGAAUUUUUUUUAAUCAAUGGUAGCGGUACUGGAACGAGUUAUUCCUUAUUAAGUCACAAUGGUCCAAAUAAAUGUCUAAUACCAAUAGAGACCAUGUCCAAAUGGACAUUUCCAUGGACACCUAAUAGUAUUUAUAGUUGUUUUUCAAUUAUUAUUCAAGACAUUUUACUUUCUAAAAUUUCGAAAUUAUGUUUUCUCUCCAAAAUGACAAAAUAUUUUUUUUUCUUGUCAAAACUAUGUUUUCCGCCAAAACCGAUAAAUUAAGUUUUCCCGGAAAAUUACGUUUUCCCACAAAAGUCAAAAGUUAAGUUUUUCCGCGAAAAUCGAAAAUUUACGAUUUUCCGCCAAAUCCGAAAAAUUACGUUUUCUCGUCAAAACUCAGAAUUCAUGUUUUCCUGUCAAAACCGGAAACUGCAUUUUAAGCCACAACCGAGAAAUUGCGUUCUCCCACCAAAACCUGGAAUUUACGUUUUCCUGCUAAAAUUGAAAAUUACGUUUCCCGCCAAAAUUGAAAAUUAUGUUUUCCCGCCAAAUUUGAAAAUUACGUUUUCCCGCCAAAAUUGUAAAAUUGUGUAUUUCCGCCAAAACCGUGAAAUUACAUUUUUCCGCCAAAACCGAAAAAUUAUGUUUUUACGCCAAAACCAGAAAUUUAUGUUUCCCACAAAACCGUGAAAUUGCGGUUUCCCGCCAAAAACGAGAAAUUAUGUUUUUCCGCCAAAACCUGAAAUUACGUUUUUCCGCCAAAACCUGAAAUUACGUUUUUCCGCCAAAACCAAAAAUUUAAGUUUUCCGGCAAAACCAUGAAAUAACGUUUCCCGCUAUGACCGUGAAAUUGCGGUUUCUCGCCAAAAUCGUAAAAUUGUCUGUGUUUCCGCCAAAACCGUGAAAUUAGUGUUCUCGCUAAAACUGUAGAAUUCCAUGAAAAUUGUGAUAUUAUGUUUUUCCGUCAAAAUUAUAAAUUAUAAAUUUUCUCGUUAAAACUAUGAAAUUGCGUUAAAUCUUUAUUUCCCGAUAAAACCAUUUUUUUUGUUAAAAUUGUAAAGCUAUGUUUUUUUUUGGGUUAAAAUCAUGAUAAUGUAUAUUUUUGGAAGCCCAUGAACACACAUUGUCCAUUUAGUCUUUACCCAGUUAGACCAUGUACCAAUUGGUCUUUUGUCCAAUUGGACUAUUUAUUAAUUGGGCACGUCCAUAGCCCGCCCAAAAUGAAUUAGACUAGGUUAGCCCAUGGAGAACCCGCCCAGUUGACACCUCUAGUGAUCACAUAAAGAUUACCUUUAUUACCUUAACCACGUAAGCUAUGUGCUUUUGAGGAUGUCAAAAAGUUUCUCUAUGUUUUACCGCUUUUGUGGAAAAAUCUGGAUGUGCUUACUGUCAUAUUAUGUAGUGGAGGUUGGUAAAAGGAGGGGAAAAUCCUAUAAACAUUUCCAUUAGUAGUAUUUUAAAAAAAGUUCUCGAUAAAAUUAUAAUAAAAUAUUAAUUAUGAUUUUAUUGUAUCAAAAAAUUUAAACAAAUACAAAAUAAUUAUACCCGUAGAUGGGAUAAAAAGCUAAUAAAAAAAUAGAUAAAAAAGAGGUGCAAUAUUUUUUAUUUUUGAUAACGAACAGCUAGAAAAGGUACGAGUUACAAAUGAUCAAAAUCAAUAGUUUAUAUAGAUAUAGAAAGUAGAAGUUUCUAUGCAUACAUAGGUGAUAGUGGACUCCACAAAAUUACAUUCAUACAGAUUCGUCGCUACUCGGUGCAAGUUUCUUUGAUGUCUUUUUCGCGUUUUACAACAUUUCCACUUGGAGAGUAUUGUCACACUAUCAUUUCUUACAUAAUGUAUUUGUUACCUCGUUAAAAAGAUAUUUUUGGAAAAUCUAGUUAGAAAACUAUAUAAAAUAAAAACAGUACAACCACACAAGCUCCUCCAUAAAAUGAACAUUAUGUAAUCUCAUAAGUUUUUUGGUGACUCAUUCCAAUGUUAUGAAUAUAUUUUCUGAAUACUGAGAUAGAAAGUGAUUUUUUGAAUAGAUCGAUUGCAUUGUCACAUGAUCAGACAUAUCUUACUUAAAUCUUUUUAUUCUUCUCGAGAUUUAGAGUGUAAGAAAAGAAUUUUAAGAUGUAUAUGUUUUGCUCUAUCGCUUUUGAUAUAUCGUUCCUUCAUUUGAGAAAUCCCACAUUAUCUUUCUGUAAAAUUGUUGGGACAUAUCUUCGUUAAUCCCAUUGCUUGAUCAGAUAUGUCGAUUUAUUGAUCUUAACCAUACACAUUCUAUACUUGCUUCACGGAGUGCAAUGAUCUUGGCAUGAUUCGAAAAGUCGCCAAAAAUGUAUGCUUUUGAGAAUGCACAGAUAUAGUGUGACUCCACUCGUGAAAACAUAUCUUGUUUGUAAUAUAGAUUUAUGUGGAUCUGAUAAAUAUCUUGCAUCUGCCAGACCAAUCAUCUCACCUUUAGAAUUUUCAGGAUACAGUAAACCUAAGUCAACAGUCCCUUUUCAAUAAUGAAAGAGAUGUUUAAUCCCAUUUCAAUGUCUUAGUGUAGGAGACAAACGGAAUCUUGCCGAAAUAUUAAUGGCAAAUGAAAUAUCAGGUCAAGUACAAUCUACACAAAGGCUCAAUUGCACCUAAAUAUGAUGCUUCGGGACCAAGUAUCUCCUCAUUUUUCUCAGGUGGUCGAAAUGGAUCAUUUUUGACAUUAAUUGAUCUAAUGAAGAGUGCUCAGAGCAGUUGAUUUAUCCAUGGUAAAGCGUUUCAACACUCUAUUAAUAUAUGUGGAUUGAUGCAUAAAUAUAUCCUUUUGAGAAUGCUCAAUUUUCAGGCCUAAACAAUACUUUGUCUUCCCGAGAUCUUUCAUCCUAGAUUCUCCUUUCAAAUACUCUGAUGCGUUUUUAUUUCCUUUUGACCUCCAAUAAUAUUAAAAUCAUCAACAUAUACCGCAUUAUCACAAAUUCGGUUGUUGUUUUCUUUAUUAAAACACAUGGGUAUAUAUGAUCAUUUAUGUAUCCUUCUUGAGUUAAAUGUUCGCUGAGACAAUUAUACCAUAGAAGUCCAAAUUAUUUUAGCCCAUAUAAUGAGAUUUGUAAUUUUGUUGCGCAUAACUCUUUAGGUUUGGAACUUAAUGAUUCUGGCAUUUUAAAUCCAUAUGGGAUUCUCAUAUAGAUAUCAUUAUCUAAUGAUCCAUAUAAAUAUACAGUAGUGACAUCCAUGAGACGCAUCUCGAUAUUUUUAUCAGCUGCUAGACUCAUCAAAAGUUUAAAUUUGAUUGCAUCUAUAACACAAGAAUAUCUUUUUUUUUCAUAAACAUAAUCAUAUUCUCUUUAUUUAGAUUCCCGGUUCUGACUUGUGAAACAUUGGGAACUCGUUAUUUUCUAGGAUUAAUUUGAUAUAGCUUUCGAGCAGUGUUGACGGGGAUAGAGGUGAUAGAGUACGAUAAGGCUAAGGCCGGGAAAAAGGCCAUAAAUUAUCCAAAAUAUGAUGAUAUGUUCAGUCUAUACCCGACUUAUAUGGCGGUGGAAAAACAUACCCAAUAUUUUAUAAAAUUCAAAUUUCAUGCAUAAUCUAUUCGUUUUGUGCAAAAAUCUAGUGUCACCCCGCCAAUAAUUUAAAAAAUCCAUUAUGGUAACUUGAUUUUUUUAUCUUGUUUUAGUACUUACAUAAAAAUUAAUUUGCACUUGUGGAUAAUGAAACCGAGGACCAUAUUGCAUUCACAAUAUAACUCAACCACUGUGUUAUGACGUAAUUUAACAAUGUGUUAAUAAUAAACAUGAUAAGUGACAUUUUGGUCUUUGUAUUAAAAAGAUAAAUGAAACAUGUUUGAUCCUUGAUAUGUAUGGUGUUUACGUUGUUCUCGUCUCCGUAUUGUGGAGCAGAUGAAGAGGAAGAAGAAGGUGAAGUUGUUGUUCAGGAAGAUUAUGCUCAUAUAGGUAAAUGGAGACGAACUGUUAUUGUGCGGUGUGGGUGGUUUUUCUCUAGGAUUUUCCUUUUCUUUUUCGGGUUUAUUGGAUUCAUGAGAGCUAUCCAGAUAGAGAUUCAGUAAUAUAUUCUAAUCACAAAAACCACUGAUUAUGACUGUUGGAGAGUGGUUGAAGUGUUGAUGAGAAGCCAUGGAAAAGUGAAUGAACUCUGCAUAAUACACAUACCAGAAAAUUACUUGUUAUUAAUAUUAUUUUGUAACACAAUUGUUAAAUGACGUUAUAGCAUAGUGGUUGAGUUAUAUUGUGACUGUGAUAUAAACUUAGGUUCAAUUCUAAACAAUUGCUAUUUUUUUAAGUAAGCAACAAAAUGACGUCAUUUCAAUAUAAUCGAUUAAAAAUAAAUAAUAAUUUUAUUAAAUUAACAUACAUUUUAGAUAUAACAGAUUGAUAGGUUUUCACCCAAAAGGAAUAGAUUAUGUAUGAAAUUUUAAUUUUACAAAGAUGAGGUAUGUUUUUGCACAACCAUAUAAGCCAUGUAUAGAUUGAACAUAUCAUCAUAUUUUGGGUAGGUUAUGAUCGUUUUCCUUGCUAAGGACAAACCACUUAAUCACCUAAGUGAUUUUCGGUUAUUUGUUGUGAUUGUUGAGUGAGCGGUUAGUGCCUGCAAAACAAGAGUAAUGUUCUUCAUAUAUUUAACAUUUUCAUGACUUUUGAAAACUCGAUUGCUCACUCCUUUACCAAGUGUUACUAGAAUAUCUGUGGGCUGGCUUUGAGAAAAAAUUUUGGCCGUGAGACGUGCUUUUUAUCUUAUAUAUAAUAUUUUUUUCUCAUUCAUUUUCGAAAAAUAUCCAUUUAUAUCCAACAAGUUUCACAGUUUUCGGAAAGAGUACAAUAAGUCUGAAUACAUUUUGUUUUCUAAGUUAAUCUAGUUUGACUUGAAUGACAUCUUUCCAUAUUAUCCAGAUAUGUCUAUUUUAACAAUGUAUACAGACUUUGGUUCUACAUCUUUAUUUUUUUCAUCUUUUUCCUUUGCUAAGAGGUACGAGAAAACAUCAUCUAUAUCAUCCAUCUCAUUUCGUUUACAUAUAUUUCUAUUAUGGAUGUAAAUGAAAGAAAACUCGUGAUUUCUUUCAUAUUCAUGAUCCUAUGUAUUGUUGUUAGAUUCAUGAUUCGCUUCUUCGAAAAUAGUUUUUGUUAUUCUGGGAGUAUCAUGCUUUUCAGAUUUCUUUAGUUUUCUAGGAUUUUUAUCCAUCAAACCAACAUGUCUACCUCGUUUCAAACGAUUCAUGUUUAUCAACUGUCAUUUCACAUUUUAUAGUACUUCCAUACAAACAAGAGUAUUGGCAGUGUGUAUAUGUGGUUUAGUUACCAUUUUGAUAUCUGCAAAUGUACAAUGUAGUUGAUUUAUAAUAUUUUGUAAAUACAUGAUACAUCAAAAUAUACUUUUCACUGUUUUGUAGGAUGAUCAAGGUGUAAUAGAAAUGAUACACUCGAUUUGAUUUAUUUUCCUACUUGUUUAUUUUUCUCCUAGAAUUGCAAAUUUUUUCUCGUUGAAAUGACAAUCGGAAAAAUUGUUUUUUGCGAUCCCAUUUUUGUACGAUGUGGUGUGGUUCCAUUGGAAAUUAUACCACACAACCAAAGAUUUUUAAAUGAGUUAUAUUUGAUUCUAUACCAAAUGCUAACUAUAAUGGGGGAAUAUUUUUUUAACUCAAAAUUUUUUUCUUAGAAAUGAAAAACAUAAGGCAUUAUUUAUGGAUAGUUUUGUUCCAUUAGGAAACAUAUGACAUGCUUUGUUGUUUCCUUCGAUAAGUUUGUAGGACCUGAUAUUAUGUUGACCAUCAUUUUUGCCGACUUGAAGUUAGAGAAAUAUCUCUUAUGUUUCAGUAUAGUGUGUGUUAUAACUACUUAGAAUACAAUUUUCUCUACCAAUUUGCUUGGUUGUUGUUACAUUUUCAUUUUUAUCCAUUUCUUUAAUAAACAGAUAAUAACACUAAAAAAAUCGUAAAUAAACAUAUUAUAGUUAAUGGUUAUAAGCACCAAAUAAUUCUACAUUAUGCAAUAAUUAUACAUUAGUUGUUUUGAAAUAAUAUUAUUUUGGUAAUUGAAAUACAUAAUAAUAAUAAUAAAAAAUUAUGGCAUCACUGGCAUUAUUGAGCUUGAUUACUACAAGCAUUUUAGUAUGAAAAUGAUUGGUCUUAAGAAAUCACCCAAAAAAUUAGAGAACUAAAUAUAUGUUGAUGGUGUGCCCUCGAAGUGUUCAUUAAGAUUUACUUCAUUUUCCUUGCCGUAGAUGGUCUCUUGGUACGAGUUACAUAGAUGAAGAUGAGUUCUACACACUUGGGCCCAAUGUUCUUUUGAUCUACAUCUGUAACAGUCAUUCUCAGUUUUAUGAGUAAGAUUCUUUCAAAAUUUUAUCCCUUUUACACUACCAAAUCGAUUCCAUGUUUUAAAUCUCCUUGCUCUUAAGUUGUAACCCCUUUUAUGACCACCAUUAAACCAAUGGCCAUGAUUACGGGUAUCCUCAAUAUAGCAAAAUUAUAGGUUUUCACCUUUUCAAAAUCUUAAAACCGUAGAUUCGUCACCAUCGAGUGCAUGUGGAAGAGUUAUUUUCUUCUGGUUAUCAAACCUCUCUUUUAAAUCUUUCUAAAGAUCUAUGGAUCUUUUAUUCUCUAAUAAUCAUGUGUGAGAUUUUUAUAUAGAUGUUUUCUCAGAAAUAUUACAGCUUUAGUCUUUCCAUGAGAAGCAAAUUUAUUUCCUUCUUUUAUUGGGUCUAGUAAUUUUUCUGAAUCUAGAUGAAGCUGCAUAUUGGUCAUCCACGCUGUUUAAUUUACUCCAGUUGCUUUGAGAGCCGGAAUCUGAAAUUUCUCGAUAUUUACCAUUUGAUUUUAUAAAACAAUAUUAUAAAAAAAUUUAGAAUACCAUAAUAUUUUUAAAUAGACCAUCUACAUUAAAUAUACAAGCAAUUACAAGAAAAAAAUAUCACAUAUAAACGUAAACUGAUAUUUAUGUUAAACUCUUUAGGAGUAAAUUUUCCAGCAAAGAGACGAUAUAUUCAAGAAAAACUACAAUUGCAUAUAAAAAUAAAAAAAACAAUCGAAUCUUCUUUCUUGCAAGAGAAAAUCAGAAGAGAAUUCUUUGAAUAUAUUUGAGAGAAGUUGAAAUGUUUGGAUGAAAUGAAUGAUGAAACAUAAAUGUAUCUAUAGAUGAAUAUACUGUUCAUAGCUGUUUAAAAAAGGUAAAAUUUUGAUUUUUUUUUUCUAUGUGACUGUGGGUAUUAAAGCAUUUGAACCGAAAAUUAGUCUGAAAUAUUUUUAAAACAGUCAAUCAAAUCCAAAAAAAAUCAUUAUAUUUUAUACAAGUAAUUAUCAAUAGUAUUAUGAUGAUAAGAUAAUUAACAUUAGAACAAAAAAUUAUACGGUGGCUCAGUCAAGCCAAUCAGCCAAUCUAUAUUGUUAAUAAAUAAAUUAUUAUGAUUCAUUACCAAAUAUUGUUAUAAUAUGAGGCAACAAAUCACUCACAUUAACAUAAGUAAAAAAUGGUAGGGUAAAAGAGAGGAGAGAAAGAAGAAGUACAGUUACAAAUGAUCAUAAUCUAUAGUUUAUUUAGAGGUGAAAAUUUAAAGUUAUUAUUCAUGCAUAAUGAUACUGAUCUCCAGAUAAAUAACACACACACAAAUUUAUCACAAUUUGCUGCAUCUUUAUUUAAUUUUUUUUCUUCACAUUUUGCAACAAAUUAAUUUUAAUGGAUAUUCCAAAUUUUGUAUAUUAUCCACUAUUUUCUCAAAUAAAGAAAAAAAUAACAAAAAAACAGGUAAAACAUGGCACAACCUAGCUUUCUCUCUAAUAGCUCAACUUUUUAUAUUACUAAGAUAUUGGCUACUUGUUAGAAAUUUUAAUUUAUUAUUGUUUUCAGCAAUUUAGUCCAAAAACUAUGUAUGAAUAAAGUAUCUCUUCAAUCGUCAAUUCAUAGAGAUUGAACGGAAAAACAACCAAUUCCGACAUCAACACUACUAUGCGGUCCCGGUCAGGACAUAUACUGAUCACAUGUGCUAAAACAUACGUCAACUCAAAAAUUGUUUGAAUUUCAUACAUCAAUUCAUAAAUAUUGAUUUUUGCAUACAUUGACUAACAUUGACCCAAAAUUCGUGAUUUGGCCAUUUAUUAAUGUUGAUGUGGCAUUGAUGUUUCAUAUGAAUCAUCUUAAAAUAUUCCUAAUACAAAACAACGUCAUUUCGUUAAAUAUAUAAAAAUAUUUUUUUUAAAGAAAACAUGAAGUUGAGUAGAGUUGAACCAUGGUGGGGGUGAGGUUCGAUUUAAUCCAUAAGUCCAUGUGCUAUUUUAUAUUCUUAGUUCCACUAUAAUAAUAUAUCACUUAAAGCUUUAUUUUUCCUUCUAACAUUAAAUUUAUUUCAAAAUUUUGAUCACUGAGUUUUGAAUAACUACCGAGAACUAUAUCACAUUUAUUUGGUAUGGAGUAAAUAAUUUUUUUCUUGCAAUUAGAAUAAAAUGAUGUGAAACUGUUUAUUCAAUCAAUUCUCAUAAAACAAUAUUACUUACUUUGAAUAAAAUGGAAUGAUUAUGUCAUAAAUGAUCCAUACAAGACAACAAACAAAUUUUUAAGAGAAAUAUUCCACUACAAUUGUAAGAGAAUUUUAUUUCAUUUAUUUUUAAUCCAUACCUUUCUUUUUAUGUUUAUUAUUAGUAUCUUUUUAAGAUUUCUGACAUUUUUAUAACUUUUAUAAUAUGGCUGGAUCUAUUUAUUAUAGGCUAAUAUUGUAUCAUAACAUUUGUGACUGCUAAUUUUUAAGCUAAGACUGCUAGAACUUUUCGUAGGGAGUUACUUUUUAUUGGUUGUUUUAUUCAGGUCUGGUUACCCAAACCACCUCAAGUUUGAGUAAUAGAAUGACCGUUUGACGUAAAAAAAACAUUUGUGACAAAAACAGUAAAAACGCUUGCAAAUUGUAGUAGAUAUAUUAUUACAGAAGAAUUUUUUACAAGAAUAUGACAUAGCACAAUGGCUUAUGAAAUAAAUCCACUCUCAUUCCUUUUCCACGAUGGUUCAACUCCAGUCAACCUCAUGUUUAAAAAAAUAUAUAUACUAACGAUACGACGUAGUUUUGUAUUACAAAUAUCUUAAGCUCAUUCAUAUACCACGUCAUUAUUAAUAAACCGCUAAAUCACGGAUUUUGGGUUAACGUUAGUCAAUGUAUGUAAAAACCGAUUUUUAUGAGUUGAUGUAUGAAAUUCAAAUAAUUUUUUGAGCUAAUGUAUGUUUAAGCACAUAUAAUCAGUAUAUGUCAGGGACUACAUAGUAGUGUUGAGGUAGGAAUUGGCGGUUUUCCCGAGAUUGAGUUGUGUUAACAAAAGCAGUUAGAACCUGUCUUAUGAAUUUGAAAUGCUUUCCAAAUAAUUAUUCUUUUGAUGGAAAUCUCUUUAUUUUCUUUCCAGGAAGAAAUAUGCAAAGUUUGUUUCUACGCAUCUUUGUUCAAGUAGGCAUGGCCUAUGCGAAAUUGUUAUCUCGACAUUUCUGGCUCAUUCUUGUAAAUGAUGUGAUUCUUUGGUGGUUUCAGCUGUUUAUUUUGCUAGGACUGAUUUUGACCCCAACAGAUAGUCGUGUGAAAUUAUGACGAGGUAAAUAUAAGCAUUUAAGUGAAAUUAAUGGCUUAAGUGUCGCCUUCCUGAUCCUAAGUGUUUCCGAAAACGAAGUGAAUAUUAAUGUGGAUAAAAUUUUCACCUACAUAUUUGCUUGCUCAUCUCUCCAAAAUGUUUUCUAAAGUAGAGAAAAAAAUUGUUAUCUCUUUGCUUUGCAAAAACUCUUGCCUCAAUGUCUCUCAGCAGUUUUGGUAGAAGAGUGACGAGAUAUUUUCCGCUCUCAAAUCGUGAUUAUGAAAGUGGGUUAAAUGAUCAGUCUCCUGAUCACAUUAAUGGGCUUCACCCGUUGGGUUUCUCUCUAGGUUGAUAUAUCAGGUCCAACAUAACAAUUUUUCUUUGUUUUAAGAUAAACUUAUAUUGAACAACCAAAAUCACUUCUUGUGAUGAUUUUCCAAACAAAUUGACAAAUAGUUAUUUCAAAGAACUUUAAAUAUAUUGGAACGUCAAUAUGCAAAGACAAUCUUAGCCGGUGAGUUUUCUAUAUCAUAUUGUGCUUUUAUUAAUGUGUCAUAUUUAAGUUUUUUUUUACAAGUUCUUCAUUCAAAUAUUUUGUGUGUUUAGACAUUAUUGUUGAAGUUGUGAAUGUUAGACCUUUAGUAGAUCUCAUUGCAAAAAGAAAAUCUUCAGCUAAGUUAUAAUUAACUACACAUAAUGUAUGAUUUAUUCAUCGUUUAAUUUAAUUUUAUAGUAUUUUUAUAAACAUGAUGCUAAUUUGAUUCUUUAAUGUUUAGGGAUACACGUUUAAUAUGCACAUUGUGGUAUGAGUAUGUAAAGUAAGUAUCAGAAUUUUUAAAAUCUAAUGAAGCAUCAUGUGUUGUAUCUAAUGAAGCUUCAUCUUUGCCAUAGCCACCAGGAAAAUAAAGCUAUUGAAGGACAUGCACACAGCCUGGAGAGUCCAUUCAAUGGGCCGUUAGUGAUAUGAUCAGUACUCUUCAACAGAGGAUCAUGUUUGAGUCAACAUGUGAGAUGGCAAGGGAGACGUUCUUGAACCCCUCUGGAUUUCCCCAACACCAACCCCUUACGUAUGAUAUCUCCUCUCGCCUAUGUCUUUUGCAUGAUUGAAGCUUCCACCAUUGUGUACUGGAGAAGAAUAUUGUAGCUCAUGAUAUAGCUGAGAGUGUGACUUCCGAUCGUCACUACCAUUCUUAUAUUGCAUCUGGAGGACCAUACUGGGUGCAACAACGGAUUGAGAAGGAAGCUCGCGCCUAAUCUCUCGAUGUUGUGCCCCUUGUGUUUUUAAUUUUGCUCUGAAGGUGUGGUGUCUACUGACAUCUUUUCAAAUUAGAGAUUUAUGUUCUUUCUUUUGAUUAUUUUUCUCUUUGUUGGGAUCACAUACACCUUGGCCGUUAUGGUCGGUACUUUGUCUGAACCUCCAUGGUUUCUUUUAAAGCUAAUCUAAUCAGUGUUAAAAAA